ACACACACACACACACUUGUACGUUUAUACGAGUUUGAUAUCGAUCCUCGUGACGUGAUUAUUAUCAUUAUUAUUAAUAUUAAUUAUUAUUCUCAUCAUUAAUUGAUAAAAAGUUCCUGAUUUUUUUUUUGUGCCGGUUUGUUUUCAUUCUGAGAGUUCUGACACCACGAGGCGCAAUUAAUUAAUUUAUUUAUUUAUUGUGCGGCUCUCAUCGGGACUCUUGAAAGCCAUGGCGGAAACGGCGGCGGCUCCGGCGGCGGCCAAAACCAAGAAGGCGAAAUCAGCGAAGAAGGCGACGUCGCACCCGAAAUACUCGGAUAUGAUCCAGGCGGCGGUGGAGGCGGAUAAAAGUCGCGGCGGCGCCUCGCGUCAGUCCAUCCAGAAGUACGUGAAGAGCCACUACAAAGUGGGCGACAGCGCCGACGCGCAGAUCAAACUGGCGCUCAGGAGGCUCGUCGCGGCCGGCUUCCUGCGCCAGACCAAAGGCAUCGGAGCCUCGGGCUCGUUCAAGCUCGCCAAAGCCGAGGAGCCGACCAAGAAGAAGAAGAAAAAGAGGCAGCCGGCGUCCGCGUCUCCAGCGGCCAAGAAGAAACCCAAAGCCGCCGUGAAAGCCAGGAACCCCAAAGCCGCCGCCGCCGCAAAGCCCAAAAGAGCUCCCAAACCCAAAAAAGUGGCCGCCAAGUCUCCAGGCAAAGCGAGGAAGAGCAAAGCAGCCGGGGCUGACAAGAAAGUGAACAAAAAGGCGGCGGAGAAGAAGAAAAAGUCUGCUGUGAAGGUCAAGAAGGCGGUGAAGAAACCGAGAACAGCCUCCAAGCCGAAGAAGGUGAAAACCACAGCGGCGAAGAAGAAACCCAAAGCCAAGACGGCGAGCAAGAAAACGGCGAAGAAGAAGUGACUUUAUAAACAAAAGUUAGCUCUGAUGACACAGACUCAUUACACACACACACACCUGUAAAUAUACUUUUUUGAGGAUUUGUUUCUUUGCUUUAUUAUUAUUAUUAUUAUUAUUAUUAUUAUUAUGUAAGGUCUGUGUGUUGGCCUGACACUUCCUGCCGUCACCUUUUGCACUACUGGGAUAAAAACUUCAUUCAAAUAGGCUACUUUUUUUUUUUUUAGUAAAUGACUUGUUUGGCUCGAUAACACCUGAAGCAUUAAACUUCGUCUAGAUGAGCCCAUCUUUCUUUCUUUCUUUCUCUGUCUGUCUUUGUCUUUUUGACGGUGGAGCAUCAGGUGGAGGUCUGAACGCUAAUCAUGAUGUUUGUCAGGUUGUAAACUACAUUAGCAUCGGUCUGUAAGUGUAAUAACUUGUUUGGAUACCUUUAUACUGUACAACAAUAAACUUUUCUCCUCUUUUAAA